CCGGCCAGUUCGUGUUGAGUUUUUGCGGCGAGCGGUAUUAACCGGAAAACCGGACAAGUGGUUUUGAAUUUGCGUCGAAUUUGCGUCCGACUUGCGUGUCCGUACAGUAUCAUUUGCCAUGUUAAAGGGUGAUCCGUUUUCCAAGCAAAUAAUAUCCACCCAUUCUAUAUCCACCGGUCGCAUCUAGGCGGUGCAUCAUGGUGCGCCGCGCCUCGAGCGUUCCGCAUCUAAACAGCAGCGGCGGCAGUAGUGCGGAUAGUGCCGGAACCGGUGGCAGUCGUCGGGGCCGGGCGCCAGCCGUAGCCGGUACGCGUGGCAGGAAGGCGCCCUCGUCCACGGGCCAAAAUCAGAGACAGGGCUCCGGGAGCAGCAGCGGCGUGCCACGAUCCCGUAGCCUCACCAACGGCAUGCGUCGUCUUAGUCCGCAGAAGGGAACGGGCAGUAGUGGCGGCGGGGGAGGCAGCUCCCGCAAUACGCCGUACUUUCUACGGUCGCGUGAGAAUGAAAUUGGAAGCUCUGACACCCUGGAAAUAGUGGCCUCCAAAUCCACCGGCAGUGAAGAGUGCUCCACGCCGGAGGACAACAUUAAUGUGGUGGUUCGUGUUCGACCGCUCAAUGAGAAGGAGAAACGCGACCGUCAUGGUUCCACUUUACAGUUUCCCGGCAACGGACAGGUCAUCAUCGAGGGCAACGAUGUGGGUCAAAAACGGUCGCACAAUCGCGACAGUGUUCGCGUCUUCACCUACAAUGUGGUCUUCGAGCCAGGAGCUACCCAGGACGAUAUCCUGGACUACUCGGGCAUAAAGCGUAUCAUAGAAAUGGGCAUCGAAGGAUUCAGUUGCACGGCGUUCUGUUACGGCCAAACGGGCUCAGGAAAAACCCAUACCCUCACAGGGCCACCGGAGCUGUUCGUUGGUAAACCGAAUCCCAAAGAUCCGCGCCACGGCCUCAUCUUCCGCUCGUUUGUGUAUCUCUUCCAGUUGAUUAAAAAUCGCAAGGAUGUCAAUUACGUGCUAAAGGCCUCGUUCAUGGAGAUAUACAAUGAACGGGUAAUCGAUUUACUCAAUCCGGGAAGUGCACGGAAACCGCUGGCGGUGCGAUGGUCUAAGAAAUCGGGAGGUUUCUUUGUCGAGAACCUCUUUACGGUGGAUUGUGAGGAACUGGAUGAUCUGCUGGCCGUUUUGGAGGAAGGAAUGAGAAACAGAGCCGUUGGAUCGCAUGCCAUGAACGAUCACUCCUCCCGUUCCCACACUAUCCUGACAGUGCACAUCCUGUCCGACCAACAGACGGACGGCGGAGUAUUCCUCUCCAAGCACGGAAAAAUCAAUUUCGUUGAUCUGGCCGGCAGUGAGCUCACCAAGAAGACCAUGAGCGAGGGCAAGACUCUGGAGGAGGCCAACAACAUAAACAAAAGUCUAAUGGUCCUGGGCUAUUGCAUCUCCUCGCUGAGCGAUGCCAAGAGGAGAUCGGGUCACAUACCGUACCGGGACAGCCAGCUGACCAAGCUGCUGGCCGACAGCCUGGCUGGGAACGGUGUGACUCUGAUGAUCGCCUGCGUCUCUCCGGCCCACUACAAUCACGCGGAAACCCUGAACACCCUGCGAUAUGCAUCCCGCGCAAAGAGGAUUCGCACCAAGCCGGUGAUCAUGAUGGAUCCCCGCGAGGCACUUAUCCUUAGUCUGAAGCGCGACAUCCAUGCCCUCCAACUGGAGAACGAUCACCUGAAGGCCGCCCUCAAUCUCCACCACCAGGCGGCAACUAAUGGCGGUGCGCCCACCGAGAAUCUUCUCGAGAUUCAACUGGAUCGUGUGGGCAGUGGUGGUGCCGUGCCUAUUCCAGUACCUAAGGUGGAUCUGGAGCGGCUGCCCGAACUGGAUGGCUCCGAGCUGGCGGAGCUCGUUAAGCUCUACAUGGCUGAGAACGAGUCCUUGCGGCAGGAGAACAACCACCUGUUCACCGUGCGAGAGACGAUUCUGCGGGAUCAGGAAAUCGUGUGCCGGGAAAAUGAACGACUUUUAAAGAAACUAGAGGAUGUGAACAAAGUUUGUGUGCGUUCGCCAUUGAUACCAGCCCGUCCGGCCAUAUCUCCGACCACGGGGAAAGAAACCCCCGGGACCGAGAUUUGGACCAAUCCAGAACCCCUGGAGCUACCUCUGGAGCAACGGAUGUCGGAGAAUGCUGACAGGAGGACGGACACGGCCCAGAGGCGCAUCGACCAGAAACGCAUAGCCAAGAACAUUUUGUUGAUGGCUAAUGCCUUCCGGAAACCUAAUUCGGAUCUGGCCAACGAUCCGAAUAUUAAUUUUGAAAAAGAACCUGGAAAGCUUUCAACCAACUUUAUGACCGACAUGCUCACAUAAAAAUAAACGAAUCAGGAAAAAUAUAUUUUUGCAAUCAAAUACAUUAAAAAGUGUACAAAAAAAACUGAAAUAUAUAUCAAAGAAUUUAAAAUG